AUGUACCUCUCAAAAGCUCCUUUGGGAGCCUUGCUCUUGAGCACUCUCCUUCAACUUACAAGCAGUUCAUCUCUACCAAUCGACAUUUCCACUCCAGAGCAGAUCAUCAACAAUCCAUCCUCUGCCGAAUCUACAAAUCGCAUACCUACAUCCCGCGAAAGCGCCAUUCUCGCCCGUCGCAUUCUCCAUCUCACGCCACUCGGAACCCUCUCGAGCAUCUUCCCCAACUCAUCAUCAACUUUCGAGAACCGCCCCUCCAAUCUGCAAAAUAUCCCCAUCGGGCUCAUGGAUUACAUAGCUGACUGUGAACCGACAACUAACAAUCCUACCAUCCUCGCUCUCAGCAUAGCAACCACCUUCAAAAACGCAGUCUCAAACCCAAAUAUCUCUCUCUCCCUAUCUUGGACCCCUCCUUAUCCUCCUAAAUCCCGCAUAACAUCCAAGCGAGACCCAUUCGCAUUUUCGGCUGCAAACCAACCGCGGUUCAGCAUCCUGGGAUACCUCGAACCCAUCACUAUUUCGCCUGCAGAAGAUCAAGAAUUAAGACAAUGUUUUGUUGAUACUCAUCCCGAUGCUAAAUAUUGGUUACCAGGUAACCAUAUUCAUCACAGUGAGUGGGUUCGCUUGGUUGUGCAGGAAAUUUACUGGAUAGGAGGAUUUGGGGAUCGCGCGUAUAUCGGUUGGAUACCUAUUGAGGAGUGGAGGUCUGUCGAGAGAGAAGAGUGGGAGAAAGUGAGAUUGGUAGGAGAAAAGAAAGGAUGGAAGGAAUGGGCGGUUGAGGGAUUAGGAUUGGGAGGUUCUUAG